AGGAGCGUUACUCUGCUCUUGACAACGAGAAGCCGAAGCUUCCGUGUUUGUUGUGUGAAUCGUGGAUACAUCAGAAUCAACGACUGACAAAACAAGCUAUGGAAUUGGAUAAUUGUGGCAGAUAUCAACUCAAAUCUACAAAUACAGAGAAUCCACUUAACCUGCAGUCUUACCUUUUCUCCCAGGGCACUAAAGUGUGUCUUGGUCUCAAUGAACUCUCAUUGACCAAAGUACCAGAGGAAGUAUUUGAUCUGGAAAAUAUCUCCUUUUUAUUAUUAACCAACAACAACAUAACAGAUAUUCCUGAUAAUGUAAGUCAACUGGAAAUCCUAGAAGGAUUAAAUCUGUCUUGCAACGGUUUGAAGACCAUUAAUCGACUUGUGUAUCAUCUCCCAAAACUGCAACUGCUAGAUGUAUCUAACAAUGAAUUGGAAGCAAUAUCUUCAGAAAUAUGUGGGCUUGUUAUGUUGUCUCAACUUUUCGCAAAUGGCAACAGACUGUCCUCAGUUCCAUCAACACUCGGUCAUAUUAAAGACUUGACUGUCCUUGGGCUGAACGAGAACAGGCUGAAGAAUUUGCCAAACAGCCUUGGUAGUCUUAGCAAGCUAAAAAUUCUAGGAUUAGAGAGAAAUGAAUUUGAAUUCUUGAAUCCAGAGAUUUGUCGGAUAGAAGGUCUUCAACGCCUUGGCUUGUCAGGAAAUCACAUGACAAAUCUGCCACAUGAAAUUCAGAAUCUGACCAAGCUUGAACAGCUCUUGCUCGAUGACAAUGAGUUUGAAUUUAUCCCUGUACAGCUGUUUUGGAUUGAAGAACUCAGGGAAUUGGCCAUGUCUGGAAACAGGCUGUCAGCUGUACAGUCUGAGAUUGGUAAUUUGAAGAAACUGAAGAUCUUGGGUCUGAAUAAUAAUUUGUUAAAGGAUCUACCUGCUGAGCUGUGUUUGCUGAAAGAAUUGGAAAUACUUGGGUUAGAGAACAAUCAUCUUCAGCAUAUACCAGAGAACAUAGCAGAACUGUUUCAUUUGAAGGAAUUGUACAUUGGUUCAAACAAUAUCUCUGAGAUACCAGAAGGUCUAAGUUGGUGUUCAAACCUUGAGGUUCUGAGUCUGUUUGGCAACUCUUUGACUGGAGUUCCUAUUGAGUUUGGUAAUCUGAAGAAACUUCACACUCUUGUGUUUUCUGACAACAAACUUGAAGAACUUCCAAAAGCCAUUUCAGUGCUUGAGAAUCUGAAUAUCCUUGCAUUGGAUGGGAACAGAAUGUCUGCAGUCCCGACUGAAUUUGGACAUUUAUCAAAAUUAAGGCAUCUGAGCUUAAGAAAAAACCAGUUUGAGAAAUUCCCCUUAUCAGUUUGCAAAGUUUCUACGCUUGAGAUCUUUGAUGUUGCGCACAAUAGUUUUGCUGACAUUCCUCCAGAAAUUGCAGAACUUCACAGUCUUACAGUGCUGAACCUCUCAUGCAACCAUGUCGGUAACUUCCCACCAGAAUUGUGUGCACUUGUUCACUUAAAGUCUUUAGACAUGUCUGGGAAUAUGUUAGAGGAACUACCUGAAGAAGUAUCCCUGUUGACAUCACUUACCAACCUUGACCUGUCAGAGAACAAAUUUUUUGAGUUUCCAAAGUCAGUUUGUGCCAUUCCAAACCUUGUGAAACUACGCUUUGACCAGAGCAGUGGAUCUCGAGUGCCAUCACUUCCUGAUGAGAUGGAAUUCUCAAGUGUUUUUGAGUUGAUCGUCUCAAAUAAUACCUUAAGAACAUUACCAAAUACAAUUUCAGGUAUGAGAAAUCUUGUGUCACUUGUUGCAGACCAUAAUGAAAUAAACAGCCUUCCUGAGACAGUCUGUGAGAUUAGGAAGCUCCAUGUUCUGCACCUGAAUGACAACAAGCUGACAUCCCUCCCAGAGAACUUUGAUCAACUGAUUAACCUGACGGAUCUCCGUCUCCAUAACAACCCUUUGAAGACACCACCCAUAGAUGUGUGUGUUAGUGGUGUUCCUCAGCCCAUUGGAAGGUUCAUUCGAAGAGCAUUGGAAAGAGAAGAGCUGCUCCUGAACAUGAUGUUUGAGAGGAUGAAGUGUGAUCUUAACAAGAAUGAACUGCGCUAUUUGAUGAAGAAAUUUCACUUUCCAGAGGAAAAAAUGAUGGAAUUUGAACAGAUCCAUCCAGGGAAAGAAAACCUCCCAGAAAGAAUCUACACUGCCAUGUUGUUUUGGAAAGAAUUCAAAGGUGAAGAGGCCACAGCUGAAGAACUCCUCCGUAUUCUGCAUAUUGUUGGACAUGAUGAACUAGCACAGAGCCUCAGAUUGAUGAAGAUUUAUGCACAAAGACUCAGGUUUUAAGAUCCAGGAAAGCUGUUAGAUGGGUUUGAUAAUCAAGCAGGGCCUUUCACACUUCUAUGUGAAGUACAAGGGAGGUCAUCUGUCACCUGCUCAACUCUGAAUGUUGGCAAGAUUCCAGAUGGUUCAUGACACAUUUUGCAAAGAGAUUUGUGAUUUUGUGUGAUUGAUAUAAAGAAAUCAUGUUCUGGGGCAUUCUGGAAAAGGAGUGAUUGGGAUGCUUGCAGUGUUUCUAUGUCACCUUCUGCUGACCAUAUGCUUCUAAUUCCUAAUGGCCCAUAGAGAUAUGCUUCUAAUUCCUAAUGGCACAUAGAGAUAUGCUUCUAAUUCCUAAUGGCCCAUAGAGAUAUGUUUCUAAUUCCUAAUGGCCCAUAGAGAUAUGCUUCUAAUUCCUAAUGGCCCAUAGAGAUAUGCUUCUAAUUCCUAAUGGCACAUAGAGAUAUGCUUCUAAUUCCUAAUGGCCCAUAGAGAUAUGCUUCUAAUUCCUAAUGGCCCAUAGAGAUAUGCUUCUAAUUCUUUAUGGCCUAUAGAGAUAUGCUUCUAAUUCUUAAUGGCCCAUAGAGAUAUGCUUCUAAUUCUUAAUGGCCCAUAGAGAUAUACUUGUAAUACUUAAUGGCCCAUAGAGAUAUGCUUGUAAUACUUAAUGGUCCAUAGAGAUAUGCUUGUAAUACUUAAUGGCCCAUAGAGAUAUGCUAAUAAUACUUAAUGGCCCAUAUAGAUAUGCUUGUAAUACUUAAUAGCCCAUAGAGAUAUGUUUUUUAUACUUGAUAGCCCAUAGAGAUAUGUUUUUUAUACUUGAUAGCUCAUAGAGAUAUGCUGUUUAUACUUGACAGCCCAUAGAGAUAUGCUAUUUAUACUUGAUAGACCAUAGAGAUAUGCUUCUAAUACUUAAUAGCCCAUAGAAAUAUGUUUUUUAUACUUAAUGGCCCAUAGAGAUAUGCUUGUAAUACUUAAUAGCCUAUAGAGAUAUCCUUGUAAUACUUAAUAGCCCAUAGGGAUAUGCUUCUAAUUCUUAAUGGCCCAUAGAGAUUUGCUUCUAAUUCUUAAUGGCCCAUAGAGAUAUGCUUCUAAUUCUUAAGGGCCCAUGGAGAUAUGCUUCUAAUACUUAAUGGCCCAGAGAUAUGCUAUUUAUUCUUAAUGGCCCAUAGAGAUAUGCUUCUAAUACUUAAUGGCCCAUGGAGAUAUCCUUUUAAUUCUUAAUGGCCCAUGGAGAUAUGCUUCUCAUUCUUAAUGGCCCAUAGAGAUAUGCUUCUAAUACUUAAUGGCCCAGAGAUAUGCUAUUUAUACUUGAUAGCCCAUAGAGAUAUGCUUGUAAUACUUAAUGGCCCAUAGAGAUAUGCGUCUAAUACUUAAUAGCCCAUAGAGAUAUGCUAUUUAUACUUGAUAGCCCAUAGAGAUAUCCUUGUAAUACUGAAUGGCCCAUAGAGAUAUGCUUCUAAUACUUAAUGGCCCAAAGAGAUAUGCUUCUAAUACUUAAAAGCCCAUUGAGAUAUGUUUUUUAUAGUUGAUAGCCCAUAGAGAUAUGCUAUUUAUACUUGAUAGUUCAUAGAGAUAUGCUUCUAAUACUUAAAAGCCCAUAGAAAUAUGCUUCUUUUACUUAAUAGCCCACAUAUAUGCUUCUUAUACUUGAUAGACUAUAGAGAUAUGCUUCUUUUACUUAAUAGAAUAUAGAAAUAGGCUUCUUAUACUUAAUAGACCAUAGAGAUAUACUUCUUAUACUUAAUAGCCCACAUAUAUGCUGUUUAUACUUCAUAGCCCAAAGAGAUAUGCUUCUAAUACUUAAUGGCCCAUAGAGAUAUGCGUCUAAUACUUAAUAGCCCAUAGAGAUAUGUUUUUUAUGCUUGAUAGCCCAUAGAGAUAUGCUAUUUAUACUUGAUAGCCCACAUAUAUGCUUCUUAUACUUAAUAGCCCAUAGAGAUAUGCUUCUUAUAUUUAAUAGCGCAUAGAGAUAUGCUUCUAAUACUAAAUAGCUCAUAGAGAUAUGCUUCUAAUACUUAAUAGACCAAACACAGUUAUAACAUGUAUAGUUGUAACACAGUUAUAACCACAAUAGCUGUAACAAACCUUGUAACAUACACAGUUAUAACAUAAUUAGUUGAAACACAUACAACUUUAACAUAUGUAGUUGUAACACACAGUUUUAACAUAUACAGUAGUAACAUAGUUAUAACAUACUUGUAACAUCAAUUUUAUAACCAAUAGUUGUAACACAUAGAGUUAUGAGAUAUUGUUUGUUUGUUUGUUGAUUAACGCCACAUUCAGCCAUCUGUAAACAAACGAGUCUGGACCAGACAAUCCAGUAAUUGAUAUCAUGAGCAUGGAUGUACGUAA